GACGCGGUGGCUGAAAGAGACAGCGUUUUCGAUGAGGAGACUGAGGACCAGAGAGGGAAAGUGACCUUCCCAAAGUCACAGCAAAUACAUGGUAGAGCUGAACAAGAACCCAAGCCUGUGACUGCAGAAUCCAGAGAUCUUUACAAAUUAUUUUGUGAAUAAAAAUGCCUAAAGUCAAAAGAAGCCGGAAAGCUCCCCCAGAUGGCUGGGAGUUGAUUGAACCAACACUGGAUGAAUUAGAUCAAAAGAUGAGAGAAGCGGAGACAGAGCCUCAUGAGGGGAAAAGGAAAGUGGAGUCUCUGUGGCCCAUCUUCAGGAUCCACCACCAGAAAACCCGAUACAUCUUUGAUCUCUUUUAUAAGCAGAAGGCCAUAAGCAGAGAGCUGUACGAAUACUGCAUUAAGGAAGGCUACGCCGAUAAAAACCUGAUCGCCAAGUGGAAGAAGCAAGGCUACGAGAACCUGUGCUGCCUGCGCUGCAUUCAGACUCGGGACACCAACUUCGGGACCAACUGCAUCUGCCGGGUCCCCAAAAGCAAGCUGGAAGUGGGCCGGAUCAUCGAGUGCAUGCACUGAGGCUGCCGGGGGUGCUCUGGCUGAGGCCCCCCAGCCUUACUCCACUCCACCCUGGACUUCGGACUUCGCAGACUC